AUGGUUGCUCUUAGUUGUGUUCAGAAAGUGUCUGAAAAGGUUUCUCUAGCAACUGAUAUGAUGUACAGUUACAUGUCAAGAGAAGUCACUGCCAGCUUUGGCUAUGACUAUAUACUUCCUCAGGUGGCUGGGGUACAUCCAACCCUCACAUCUUCCCACUUCAGAACUUAUGAAGUUUGUCCUGUUUUCCAACUUCUCCAUUGUUGGAAUGAACAUCAGUGUAAUGUGGAACUCAGUAGGAUUCUACCAGCAAUGUUGAGUAUGAUCCCAGUAUCAUGUUUAUUUGAAGUUACAUUUGCCAAGAUUCGAUAUUCGCGAGACACAAAGCUGCGUAUUUUGGUUGUUCUUCUUGGUGUUGUUGUCUGCACUGUUACACAUGCGAGUUUUAAUGCUAAAGCUUUUGUUGCUGCUUUCAUUACAGUAUGGACUACAUCACUCCAACAAUACGUAGUCUACUAA